UUAUUGUGUGGAAGCCAGACCUGGUCAUCUUUUUGGAGCAAGAGAAGCAACUCUGGGAUGUGAGGAGAAAGGAGACAGUAGCCUUCCAUCCAGCUGUGAUUUCUCCACGAAUCUCUUCUGACAAAGAAAUCUAGAGGACGACAUGAAAGAAGAAGAAAUGGCCCGUUCUCAGGGACUGCUGACAUUCAGGGAUGUGGCCAUAGAAUUCUCUCAGGAGGAGUGGGGACGCCUGACCCACACUCAGCGGGAACUGUACAGGGAUGUGAUGUUGGAGAACUACGGACACCUCCUCUUCCUGGGUCUCGUUGUGUGGAAGCCAGACCUGGUCAUCUUUUUGGAGCAAGAGAAGCAGCUCUGGGAUGUGAAGAGAAAGGAGUCAGUAGCCUUCCAUCCAGGUAUGUGGGAAUGA